AUGUCAACGCCUCGCGUCUUCAUCGUCCGCCACGGCGAGACGGAGUGGUCCCUUGACGGCCGCCACACUGGCUCCACGGAUAUCCCUCUGACGGCCAAUGGCGAGAAGCGAGUGAGGGCUACUGGCCGGGCCAUGGUUGGCAACGACCGCUUGAUCGUGCCAAGGAAGCUUGCGCACAUUUACGUAUCUCCUCGCAAACGUGCCCAGCGCACUUUUGAGCUGCUUAACCUUGGCCUCAAAGACCCUCUUCCAUGGGAGCCUCAUGGCGAGCUUGACAAAGAUCCUCGUGACUGCGAUACGGCCAAGAUCGAGGUCACCGAGGACAUCCGCGAGUGGGACUAUGGUGAGUACGAAGGCAUCACCAGCCCAGAGAUCAGGGAGAUCCGUAAGAAGCAGGGGAUCGAGGGGAGAUGGGAUAUCUGGAGGGAUGGGUGUCCUGGCGGAGAGAGCCCAGAGGACAUAACCGCCCGGCUUGACCGUCUCAUAGCCGACAUCCGCGACAGGUUUCACGCGCCCGUCAUGAACAAGGGAGCAGCGGACCCCAAGCAGCCCCAGCCAGCCGGCGACGUGCUCGUCGUGGCUCACGGUCACAUUCUCCGGGCUUUCGCCAUGCGCUGGGCCGGCAAGAGCCUACAGGAUGGGCCGACUUUCAUCCUAGAGGCUGGCGGUUUAGGCAGUCUCAGCUAUGAACACCACAACAUAUCUGAGCCUGCCAUCCUGCUUGGCGGCGCCUUUGUGAUUGACGUUCCGGAAGCGUCCAAAGACUAA